AUGCCUCAUUUCUUCCCAAACGCGACAAACUCGACCUUUCAUAACGCUUCCUUCUCAAAUGCUCAACGAGAUAUAAUCAAUGACGUCACAAACCAACAUACAAACCAGAUCCAUGACUACAAUAACACAUCGAAUAACUAUAUCACAAUCACUCAUAACCAUCAUUACUGUGGUCAUGGCGAGCAGGCUGGUGCCAGGCGAAGUGGAGAUGAUAAACGUCCUAGAUCAUUUUUGAGGCGAUUGAUUCAACGUGUCUUCGAGUACGCUCGAUUAAGACGGGAGGGUCAAGGUGUGAAGGAUAUUGGCAGUCGAGUCGCCGGUGCUGGCAAUGCUUGA